AUGAUCCAGCGGUCGCGCCGUGGGUGCUGGACCUGCAAAAGACGUCAUAAAAAAUGUGACGAGACCCGUCCUGUAUGUGAGAGAUGCACUCAAGCUGGCAUGGCCUGCGAAGGAUACGACACCCGCUUGAUAUGGGGCCCUUCUGACACAACAACUCCAAAUACUGGCAUGGUCUUAAACCCAGUUCGGCAGUCGCGGCCUCAACGGAGGUUAAGGCGUAGUAGGGUAGCCGAUGUUCACCCCGGUGACUCGCUUGACCUUGGUGCGGAACUAUCAGACUUGUAUCAGGUUCCGUCGCCUGACCAGCUUGAUCUUUUAUGUCUUCAAUAUGGAUCAAAUGGUCAAGCUAGCACUGAGAACCUGCUAAGCGAUGACAUAUCGAACCGAUUAAUGCAGAAUUUUUCCACCACAGGCUACCAGACCCUCACAGGAAGAGAUGGGCAGGAUGGUCUUUUCAAAUCAGAUAUCCUGCCUUUGUGUAAUAGCUGUGUCUCUUUGAGACAAGUCUGCCUCGCCUAUCAAGCAAGUCUGGAUACUGAGAUGGUACACUUGACACCGAUAUAUAUGCAGUCCGCUCUAUCACACUACUUCGACGACUUGAACACGCCGGAGAAGCUGGAACUGGAUGCGACGCUUGCAACUGGAGUUCUUCUCUGCAGUCUUAGUAUCAACUCCUUAUACAUCUGGACGCCUCUCCUGAAGGGGCUUCAUGGAGUUCUCCAACACCGGGGCAUCCUGACCACAGCUCAGCGAUCUCCCCUAGAAGACCAUCUACUUGAAGUGAUUGCUCUCCUAGACAUUCCGUCCUUCACACUCAACAGGAUCACUCGAUCGAUGGAGAUAUGGAAGUUACAUGUUUCCUCAAAAGGACAGGUUGGAAUCGAGCAGACUUCGGGCCUGCCGUAUUCAUUGAUCAACCUACUUGCAGGUCUAGGAUCACCUGAAGCGGAGGAGGGUCUCCUGAGAUGGACAGGUGAGCUGGGUGAAGAGUUCAUCCAGAUCCAUCUGUGGGAAGCAUUUCGAUUUGCAGGCGUUCUUCACAAUCGGGCACUUCUGGGCAAUGACCAGGACACAAGUGCUCCAGUUGCGAGUCCAAUGCCCCGAUCUGAAGUUGUUCGCAUAAAAAUCUUUGCAUCCGUCCAAGCAAUAGUCGAUUCUGGGGCAUUCACCUUUCGGCAACCCCUCGCUCGGGCUAUUUUCUACCCGUUGUUCAUUGCCGGCUUGUUUGCCGAGAAUUAUCAGCAGCGAAGACUAACGCGCUUGGCCUUUCAGCAUCUGAUGGAAGAUAGCCAGGAGCGGACAGAUGGUAGUACGGAGAAAGUUGCUUUAGAUAUUGUCACCAAUGUGUGGGAAACAGGAAAGGGACAAGGCCUGACGGCGAAGCUUGCGCUGGCUACAAAGUUUGCAGCUGAGUUGAACAUUGAACUCCAUUUAUACUAG